AUGUCCCCCGCAAACCCGCCUACACCGCUCUCACUUCUGCCCCUCCCCUCGCAAGAAGCGCUCCGGUCCGCCUAUGUCGGACAGCCCCUAUCGGCUCUCCGUACCCCGGCUAUCAUAGUUGACAGGAAACGCUUCAUCGAUAACUCUGAGCGAGUGACAAGAGAGGCGGAGCGAAGGGGAAUGAAGUUCAGGGCGCAUGUGAAGACGCACAAGACAAUCAAUGGUGUCCGCCUCCAGGCCAAAGCGUCCAAGGGAGUCACUGCAUUCAUCGCCUCAACAUUGCCUGAAGUGUACUACCUUGCUCAUUCCGGCAUGGUUGAGGAAGGGCUUAUCAGCGAUAUCCUCUACUCGCUCCCUAUAUCCUCCGACAAACUAGACGAGCUGUCAGAUAUUCAGAGGCAUUGUGCCGAUAAGGCAGUAAUUCGAGUUAUGGUGGACCACCCAGACCAAAUCCGGCUGUUGGAUGCGUAUGCUGGGAAUACGGCGCGUGGAGGAAAGCCUUGGAGCUGCUUCAUUAAGGUCAACGGAGGGGGCAAUCGCUCGGGCGUCCCAGCCGAGUCUGAGCAGAUGAAGACGCUCAUAAAAGCCGCUAUGGCCGCUGAGAACGUAGAGAUCUUUGGGUUCUACUCGCACUUUGGCCAGUCAUACGCGUCCAAAACACUCUCUACCGCUACCGACUUCUAUCACGCCGAGGUCAAUUGCGUCAAUACCGCGGCAAAGGUUGCUCGGCAGCUUGGAGCAAAGGGGGACUGGAUGUUGAGUGUUGGCGCUACACCUACCGCUCAUGCUGCUACUACCAUCGACGAGCAAUCUUUGACGCUGGAGGGCGAGCUCGAGCUGCACGCCGGCUGCUACUGCUUGAACGACCUUCAACAACUCGCUACCGGUCUCAUCCCGCCCACAGCUUGCGCCCUCACCGUCCUCGCUCGUGUCGUCUCUACCUACCCCGAACGCGGCGAUCGCGGGGAGGCCAUGUCCGACUGCGGCGCGCUGGCCGUCUCGAAGGAUACGGGGCCUGUGCCGGGGUAUGGGCGCGUCAUGUGGCCGGAGCACCUCGCUGGCUGGGAUCUGGGUCGAGUGAGCCAGGAGCACGGCACAUUGGUCAAGCGGGACGGGGAUGCCGACGUUGCAGUAGGUGAUCUGGUGCGAAUCCUGCCGCAGCAUGCGUGCUUGGUAUGCGCGGCGCACCCCUGGCUGUACGUGGUGGAGGAUGGCGGGGAGACAGUGGUGGAUGUUUGGGUGACAUGGAAGGGGUGGUAG